UUGAGAAAAAGUUUCGAAUUCAAGAAUUAAAAAAUGAAAUUUUUCUGUGCAGUUUUUAUAAUUUCUUGUGUUCUCACUUCUGGUGUUUUCGGAGGUGGUGCAUCGUGCUCUGAAUUAAUCGAUUUUGCAAGAACAUUGUCAGCUAAUAUUAGAAGCGUAUACAUAAACCUUGCUAACGACAACAGAAGCAAGCCUGCAAACGAGAAAAUUGCUUUGUUUCAGGCACAAACUUCAGCUUUUUUGGACUCUUCAGAUUUGAGUUCUGAAGAUGCAAAUAUAUUGAGAAUGAUUGAAGCUGGAGGAGAUAUUGCAGCUGAUUGUGUUAAUGAUUAUUUUUAUGGAUGAAUUGUGACUUUAAGAGCAUUAAUUGUGAAUAGAAGAAUUAAAAAAACAUUUGUUUUUGUUGUAAAAACGAAAAUAAAAUAAAACU